GUGAAAAUCAUUCAAGUAAACUAAAUCAACUACUCAAUCAACUACUUGGAGAAGGCAUUUGAACUUGUUCGAAGCAUGCCAGUGCAACCUGAUAUUGUCAUAUGGAGGGCUUUGCUCAGCGCAUGCAGGAUCCAUCGCAAUUCUGAUCUCGGAGAGAGCGUCGUAGACUAUAUUAAGGAUCUUCUUGGCUCUUCUGCAUCUAGUGUAGGUGGUGAAGUGCUUCUUUCAAACUGUUAUGCUUCUCAGGGUAAAUGGGAGAGAGUCACUCAACUGAGAGAGGUAAUGGGUGAGAGGAGAAACAAAAACCGACCCGAUAUAGGAUGCAGCUGGAUUGAGGUUAAUGGUGUUGUUCAUGAAUUUCGUGUCGCAGAAAAGUUGCAUCCCCAGAUUUACGAAAUUUAUGAGAAGUUACAGGAAGUGUUGGACAGGGCUCGGGAAGCAGGCUACGUUGCUAGCACCGUGCACGUUUCAUUUGAUCUUAUUGAGGAGGAGAAGGAGCAUGCCGUGGCAUGGCAUAGUGAGAAGCUGGCUGUUGCAUAUGGACUGCUGAGUAGUACUCCAGGGACUUGUAUCCGAAUUGUUAAAAAUUUGAGAACAUGUGUAGAUUGCCAUUCUGCUUUAAAGGCCAUUUCGGAAGUUUAUGAAAGAGAGAUUAUUGUGAGAGAUCGCUCACGUUUUCACAAUUUCAAAGGAGGAAGUUGCUCAUGCAAUGACUAUUGGUAGGUCGGCACAGGGCACUUUUACAUCGGGAGCAAGACUCUACAAGUCCUUAGAAGUGGUUUCCCGGAUGCCCUUGGGGUUUCACACCCAAUUACUCUUUCUUUAUGGAUCCAAGAUAUUAUUAGUGAUUUCUCACUAAAAGAGAAGGUUCAUCCGCCCUUACGGUUACAUGUAAUCAGUCGAGGACCUGGGGGCAUGGGGGGCAAGCGCCCCCACUUCCAGUCCCGAAAAACACUAGUACUAGUUAGGUGAUAAAUAACUGCCUUGCUUCUGAUAUGUAUGAAUAGUUUUAGUUUUUGGAUGAAUAUUUAGACUCGGAUAAUAUAGAAGUUGAUAGAAAGAAAUAUUGUUGUGUCUAAGAAGUUGAAUUGCAUGAUGGUGAUGCUCAGAGUAGAAGUUGUAUUGAUCUUCAGCCUGGUGCAAAAAUUCAUAUUGCUGGAAAAGUGCCAUGUGCUUCUGGAUCUUUAAAGACAGGGAAAAGAAAACAUUUUAGACCGACUUUUGAUGCUUGUUACACUGAUUUGGGGCAUCCUAUAAAUGAGAUCUUGCAUUGGCACAAUACUAUAUAAAGAGAAUUAGAUGGACUUGUUUCAGAGGCUAGAAAGGUUGAUCUGUCUGGAGACUUAUCUAAUCUUCGGCAUUUCUAUGAGAGUCCAGUUCAUAGCUGAUGUUUGCAUAUUUCCCAGUGUUUCUGAAGACAAGGUCAUAUUCCCGGUUGUAGAUGGGGAUUUUUCCUUCUCUCAGGAGCGUGUGGAAAAAAAGUCAAUUCAAUGAGCUCCGUUUGAUGAUCGAAAACAUUCAGAGUACGGGCAUCAAUACAGAUUCAGCUGCUGAGUUUUUCUCAACAUUAUGUCUUAAUGCUGAUUUAAUUAUUGAAACAAUUAAAAAGCAUUUUCACGAUGAGGAAGUUCAGGUACUCUUGUUUUCUGUUGUGUGUGACAGUUGGUCAUACUAUUUGUCUUUAUUUUAAGUUAUUCUAUUUUUUGAGGGAAACUUUAUGUUAAGUUAUUUAUUUAUAUUUUGAAUUACAUGGUUCUAGUUGGGCUGUGAGAGACAAAUGCAAUCUUUCUCUUCAAAAUGUCACAUAUGGCCUAUUGGCCUAUGCAGCUUCAUAUUUGUC